AUGGAAUUCGUCUAUUACUUCUUCCACUAUUACUGGCCAGUUUUUUUCAUGUCAUGUUCGAGUCUGUUCCUCAUCAUGUUUUUCCUCAUCCACAACUUUACCACACCACUUUUGAAACCACUCCGAUUUUUUCUCUACCCUGCUAAUGCCGUAAUGAUGAUUUCAAUUACAAUGGCGUUUGUUAUACAGUCUAGAACAGUGGGGAAUAAGCAGUCUACAGCACUUCUGUGUGACGGACCCUGCAAGUACAUUGGGCCAAACUUUUGCCUACACUGCUACCACUUGUGGAGGGCAUUUGGAAUCACAGCUUGUGUGAUCAAUCUACACACAAUGUACUACCGUACCAUGUGUCUUGUGCAUUUGGAUUCGAAAAAGGCUCACCGUUGGACCUUGUUGUACUCCGUGCACUAUAUAUUCCCAUUUAGUUCACAGAUCCUAAUGCUAACGGCUCCGUCGAACCACGCUGCAGUGCACAACGAGACCUUGAUCCUCCACCCGGAGUACGAUUACACUCCCUACUUGGAUUUUGGAGGAUUUGACCCCACGGAAGUAGUUUAUCAGGCGAGGAACUGGAUGUUCACAAUUGCAACGUUCUACUCGCCAGUCAUUGGAAGCUACUGGAAGCAUCAGGCGAUGAAGAUGUUGAAGGUUCAUAUGUCACCACAAACGUCGCCUGCUUCACGUGUAAUGUUACGUACUUUGAUGAAGGGUCUCAACUUUCAAAUUCUGCUGCCCAUGAUCAGUUAUGUGCCGCAGCAACUCGCAUACCUUUACAAACAAGUUUCAGGACAGGAGUUCCCAUACUCCCAGUACGCUGGAACAUUCCUGGGCACUCUGCCGUGUUUGCUCGAUCCGAUGGUUCAAAUUUACUUUAUAACACCUUAUCAAAACGCUGUUCGUCGAUUUCUGGAGUGCAAGACGUUGCCACGUGGCUCCCCAAGCUACAGUUGGGCGUCUCGAGUUGUGACAAGCUAG